UUGUCCAAAUUCAAUUACUAUUAUUAUUAUUUCUAUGGCUUUUUCUCUUUGACUCCAAAGACCAAAACAGUGAAUUUAAUGCUCCCUUUUCCACUUUUCUCCUCUCUCCCUCCCUCUUUCUUUCUUUCUCAUGAAAAAGAAACCAAAAGCCAGAAAUCCUUUCCCAUGAAAACAUCAACCUCAAACCCUCUUCACCCUCUCAUUCAUUCACACUCCCCAAAAACAAAACUUGUUUCUUUCACUUCCAUAUACCCCAAAACAAAACCAAAAACCACACUCACCUAAAACCUCACUUCCUCAAUCCAAAACAACAAAAAAAAACACUGUUCUCUCAGAUCACACCACAAAACACACACUCACCUAAACUCAACCAACCUCAGUGUUCUACAAGCCCUUCACCAUGGACUCAUCAUCAGGGGGAUCACAACCCCAACCACCAUCUACCACAGAACCCACAGCUCCACCACAAUCUCAAGGAUCAUCACCAGCCCUACCACCACCACCACCACCACCAAGCCGCUACGAAUCCCAGAAGCGUCGAGACUGGAACACCUUCUUUCAGUACCUGCACAACCACAAGCCCCCAUUGACGUUAGCACGGUGCAGUGGAGCACACGUCAUUGAAUUCUUGAAGUACUUGGACCAGUUUGGCAAAACCAAGGUCCACAUGUCCGGGUGUCCCCACUUCGGACACCCUAACCCUCCUGCACCCUGCGCUUGUCCACUCAAACAAGCGUGGGGCAGUCUCGACGCUCUUAUCGGACGACUCAGAGCAGCCUACGAAGAAAAUGGCGGUCGCCCUGAAUCUAAUCCGUUCGGCGCUAAGGCUGUUAUGAUUUACCUUAAGGAAGUGAAGGAGGGCCAGGCCAAAGCCAGAGGGGUCCCCUACGAGAAGAAGAAGCGAAAGAGAAGCACCACAAGAGUGUCUAAGGUUAGUGAUAGUGGUGCUGCCACUAGUAUAGUUCUUCAAGUGAGCGCCAACAAUGAUAGUAAGGUUGGUGUUGAUGCUGCUUCCAGUGCUAGUUUACCUUCUUCAACAACAACCACAACCACAGCAUAAUUUCAAUCAUUGCUUAUUGAUUUUUACCAUUUUUUAGGGUUACUUGCUAUACCUAUAUUUAGCUUUCUAAAUUACACGGCUUAUUAUAAUUUAAGUUGUAUAUUAUAUUAUUAUAUUAUGAUGCUUUUCCAUAGUUGUCUCAUGCUCAAUCAUUCUAGUCUUUAUCAACUGUUCAACUAGAAUUAUUGGUUGUAUUUCACAUGGCACUUCAUCGCUAGGUUUCUUCUCAUUUGAGAUAUUUAUUAUUUUGUUUUGUUUUGGGGAGAAAGGGGUUAAUUAUGUUUAUGAUUGAAGAACUCAAAUGAAUUAGUCCAUUGUAAAGGAACUAAAUGCUUUCAUUUUCAUGAAUUUAGAUUCAGUUCUUUGUUUUUA